AUGAAACACCUUAUUGCGCCUUCCAUCCUUGUGGCCUUCUUCCUAACUCCAUCUCUGGCCCUGCUGGACAUCAGUGACAGCCAUCCUCUGGAUGGAUCUGUUGGGACCCAGAGCAUCCGUGUCAAUGCCUUUCGAGGUAUGGUCAGCAUCCGAGACAACAAUGUUUUGAGUGAAUGGGAUGGAAUCUUGGACUACAAGAAUGCCCUCUUGGCUGCUAAGCUGUUUAGCAAGAUGGCCUGUGUCCUGGCCAAGAUGGACCCAUCUGCCUUCCCAACUCUGGAUGACAUUAUUAAGGCUCUGGACCACAAGCCUUUAAAGCAUUAUCCAUCCACUCACGGCCUGACCUACACUGUUCUACCCGGCCGGGUCAAGAACUUGGCCCAGUAUGGAAUGUCCAUCAAGGAGAUGUGCCGAGACGUCCCCACCUACUUUGUCCAGCAGCAAAAAGAAGGUUCUGCACUGGCUAUCAACCCUGAUUCCUGUUCUGAAGUCCAACUUCUGUCCUUCCUGGGACUCUCCAUCUGUGGGGAGAUCCCUGGGCUCUGA